AUGCUCCCUUCAACCACUCAGGAGAUGAAGAUGUCAUGCAAUCCAAUGUAUAAUAAGACAAAACAAGAUAAGUCAAAUUAUUUUACCAUUGAAGAUACUCACAAUAACAAUAUAAAAUUUAAUAAUAACUCCAAUGAAUCGAUAUCGAUAAUGAAUAAUAUAUCGACUUAUAACGAUAAUAAUGAUACAGAAUUUACAUAUGGUAAUGAUAAUGAAAAUAACAUUACUUCAAUGAAAUUAGGUAUACAAAAUAUUUACAAAUCUCAAUUAGAUGAUGACACAAUAUUGCAUAUUAAUUCUAAAUCAAAAUCAUCGACAUCAUCCAUAAUUUCGAAGAAAACUGAUAUCUCUUCGAUAUAUUCACUCCCUACAUAUAAGAGUUCUAGUUCAAAAUUAUCCUUUAAUAAAUCAACUUCAACGAUAUCAGCUAUUAAUAAUAGUCAUACAUCACCAGAUUUGUUAAAGAAUAACCUCAUGCCUGAUUCCAUUAUUCCAAGAUUAGCAAAAAGACCCACUUUGGCUAGAAAUCAUUCUUUAUCUUUAUCCAUAAAAACACAUAAUUUAUCUAACAAUACAAGAUCCAGGUCAAAGACACUUGCUGCCACGACCAUUAAGACACCUGUUUCGUUGACGAGUAAUAAUAAUCAUUAUUCAAUGAAUAAUAGUACUAAUGGAAAUGGAGACAAGGGACUAUGGAUUUUACCUGGGGUCCCAUUUAAUGAUAUAUCAAGUGAGGAUGAUACUAAUAGUAACAAUGGUAUUAGUAUACCGAGCCCUUUACAAGAAGAAUUACCAAUAUAUCGUCGUAGCGUAUAUCCAAAUGGACCAAUACAGGUUGUUUCACCAAAUAUAUAUCUUUAUUCUGAACCCACUAUUGAUGAUAUAAUUAAGUUUGACGUGGUCAUCAAUGUUGCAGAAGAAAUUCACGAUUUGAAAACUGAGAUCCCACGAAAUAUUAAAGAAACACUAGAAUACCAUCAUAUAAAAUGGUCUCAUGAUUCAAAGAUAGCUAAAGAUCUUAAAUACUUGACAAAAAUUAUUCAUGAGGCUAAUACCAAGGGGAAGAGAGUUCUCGUCCAUUGCCAAUGUGGAGUUUCAAGAUCUGCAUCUUUAAUUGUUGCUUAUAUAAUGCGUUAUGAUGAACUCAAUUUGAAUGAUGCCUAUAAUAAGUUAAAAUUAGUAGCAAAGGAUAUUAGCCCCAAUAUGGGGCUCAUAUUUCAGUUAAUGGAAUGGGAUGAAAUUUUACAUGACCAAGAAUAA